UCAUUAUGGCUCCUGUGAAGAAAUCUGUGAUGAAAGGCAGCAAAAAAAAAAAAAAGCAAGUCCUUAAAUUUACCCUGGAUUGUACCCAUCCUGUGGAAGAUGGGAUUAUGGAUGCUGCUAAUUUUGAGCAGUUUUUACAAGAACGAAUCAAAGUGAAUGGAAAGGCCAGCAACCUUGGUGGUGGAGUCGUAACCACUGAGAGAAGCAAGAGUAAGAUCGCUGUGAUUUCAGAGGUGCCAUUUUCUAAAAGGUAUUUGAAGUGUCUGACAAUGAAAUACUUAAAGAAGAACAAUCUUCGGGAUUGGCUCCAAGUGGUAGCCAAUAGCAAGGAGAGUUACAAAUUAGGGUACUUCUAG